AUGGAUGUCCCCACCAAGAUCACAUCCAAAGUCUACCUCAUCCGCCACGGCGAGACGGACUGGUCCAAGGCCGGCAAGCACACGUCGCGGGCAGAGGUGCCGCUGUCCAAGACGGGCGAAGAGCAGGUCAUCAAGGCGCGCGACCACUUUAUCGGCGAGGGGAAGCUGAUCGAUCCGGCGGAUAUCAGUCGGAUUUACUGCUCCCCCCGAGGCCGGGCACGCCGGACAUGCGAACUGCUCAACCUGGGCCAUCACGGGCGUCUGCUCUGGGAGGAAGAAACGCCCGAGACGCCCGGACGCACCAACCUGCAGACCAAGGUCGGCACGCCGGUGCUGGUCACGGAGCGGCUGAGGGAGUGGGACUAUGGCGACUACGAGGGGAUGACGAUCAGCGAGGUGCACGAGCUGCGCAAGACGCGGGGGCUGGACAAGGACCGGGAGAACGAUGGCAAGACGUGGAAUAUCUGGGUGGAUGGAUGUAUCGGACCGUCUCGACAGUCUGAUCAAGGAGAUCCUGAAGUUCAUGGAGACGGCUGGACCGACGCCCGGCGGCAAGACGAUUCCGCGGCCCAAGAACAUCAUCUGCAUUGCGCACGGACACAUCCUGGCCUCGAUGGCGCUGCGAUGGGCGCAGCAGCCGUUGAAGAACGUUUCGAGCAUGACGAUAUUCGCGAGCCGGGCAUUAUCCUGGGACGGCGGGCAGGGCUGUAG